AUGGCGUGUGAAGGCAAGGUGUCUGAUGAGAGGAUAACAGAGGUCCUGAUCACGAUGGGCAUUGAGGAGGAGCUGAAAGACAGACCCUUAGAGGACGUCUCGUCCCUCACCCUCGAUGCUGUGGAAGUACAGAAUGAGCAGGAGAAAGCGGUUGUGAAGAAGAUCCGCGCAGUGGUCCAAAAAAUUGGUGACAAACUAAAGGAAGACAAGGAGAUCCAAGAUGACAUAAAGGGGAUUGAAAAACACUUCCAGCAGGGCGAAGUUGAAGAGGCCAACCAGAUGUUUAAGGAGAUGUUUAAGGAGAUGUUUCGCGGUGGCAUCACCUGGGAGAAGAUUGUUAUUUCACUCUAUGUUGUUGGCAAGGUGUUAGGCACAAUAGGCAUAAUGACGGCUCUGUAUCCAUAUGUGAAGCUGAUCCUGAAGUGGACUCUGGACUUUUUCAAAAAUGCUCUCCUGGGCUGGAUUCUUGAACAAGGAGGAUGGAUCUGCUGUUCGGUUCUGUCAUGA